GGGAACCAGCGCAGUCAGGUUUAUUCAUUUUAAGCUUACGGUAUGAGGUCUGCAGCAGGCAAGAAAAAUGUACAGGCUGCUUCACCCAAGACACAGUCCAAACUAAUAAAAGUACAAUCAGGUUCAGCAAUUGGAACAGCUAAACGAACAGAUCAAGCUGGAGGGGCAAAUGGGGACGAUGUUGAAUGCACACGAGUGAAGCUGUGUGCCAGGCCAGAUGAUCAGCUGGAUCUUUCUGAACAGGAACAGAAGGAAGAUAUUACACGUGUUCUGACCGCAGUAACCAGUAAAGUUCCUGAUAAUGUAGUACAAUUCAGCUUUAAAGAACGCUCCUUUGUUCCUGUUCCUCCACCAGAGCCUACAAUAUUUCUCCUCAGUAUUGAAGGAACGUGUCUGGCCAAGGACUCCGAGGAUGCUCGUUAUCAGAUACUUGCAGAAGGAGGAACAAUCGAUGAUGGAGCAAGUGCACGAACAAGGGAAAAAGAAGCUGGGGGAAGUGGUGAGAAAGGGCCUGAAGGUGAGGAAGUGGGGCAGGAAGGUGAACAAGAAGGAGGAGAAGCAGAACCUGAAGGAGAAGGUGAAGGAGAUGACAGGAAGGACAGUGUAGUUGAAGCUCCUGUGCCAAUGAAACCCAAGAAGAUCACUAAUCAGUUUAAUUUCUGUGAACGUGCUUCACUAACUUUCAAUAAUCCAUUUCGGGAUGUGGAUACGCAAACAAUACCUCCACCACGUGCAAAGUUUUCUGAACAAGUAACACAGUGGGUUAUAUAUGAUGCAUAUCAUGAAGAUUUCUUAACACAACAGCGUGAAAAAGAUAAGGACAAGAAAGAGAAACCUGCAACAUCUGGAGCUAUGAAGAAAGAAGAAACAAAAAAGAAGGAGGUUCAAGUGCUGGAUGUAAACAGCCGAAUGCUAAUGGCUGUGAAGAUACUGGAAAGAAUGGUCAAUCAGAACACAUUUGAUGAAAUAGCACAAGAUUUCAGGUACUGGGAGGAUCCAUCUGAUGAGUAUAGAGAUGAAGAAGGAACUCUGUUGCCACUGUGGAAGUUUGCUUAUGAGAAGACAAAGAAGAAUCAUGUAACAGGUCUUUCCUGGAAUCCUCACUACUAUGAUCUGUUUGCAGUAUCUUUUGGCUGCUUUGAUUUCAUGAAACCACAACCUGAAGGUGCUGUGUGUCUGUUCACAUUGAAAAAUCCAUCAUUCCCUGAAUAUGUUUGUACUACAGAUACUGGAGUAGUGUGUGUGGAUAUUCAUCCUAAAUUUGCUUGCCUCAUCGUUGUUGGACUGUUUGAUGGAAAUGUUGCUGUUUAUAAUGUUAUUUCCCCAUCAAAGGAACCAGUAAGCAAGAGCAAUUCAAUAUCAAGCAAGCAUGGAGGAAUAGUGUGGCAGGUUCGAUGGGGAGAAGACAUGCCAGAUGGAGAAAUGAAUUUUUUCUCAGUGUCAGCUGAUGGGCAUGUGUUUAGUUGGGUUCUUGGACAGAGUGGUUUAUCACAGACAGUUGUUAUUCCACUGGUACUGGCAAAAGAACCAAUACCUGGGCCACAAGGAACGUCAACAAGCCUUACAGGAUGUGGUACUGCAAUAGCUUUUCAUCCAAAGGAGCCUUUAAUUUUUUUGGUUGGCAGUGAAGAUGGGCAAAUUUACAAAUGCAGUACUGCAUACUCUUCCCUAUUCUUGGAAACAUAUGAAGCACAUCAUAUGGCAGUGUAUAAAAUAGAUUUCAAUAAAUACUGUCCAGAUAUUUUUGCUUCAUGUAGUGCUGAUUGGAGAGUAAAGAUAUGGGAAGAUAAUAGAAGUGAUCCAUUAUUUGUUUUUGAUUUGGGAUCACCUGUUGGAGAUGUUGAGUGGGCACCUUAUUCAAGUACUGUUCUUGCUGCAGUCACUAAUGAUGGUAAAGUCCAUGUUUUUGAUUUGAAUGUCAACAAAUAUAAACCAAUUUGUGUCCAGCCAGUUGUAUCAGCAAAGAAGAACAAACUGACGAGACUAUCAUUUAAUUACAAGUUACCAGUUUUAAUUGUGGGAGAUGACAGGGGUUGUAUAACUAGUCUGAAACUGUCCCCAAAUCUCCGUAAAAAAGUGAAGCCACCAAAAAAAGGUCCACAGUAUGAGCCUAGAGAACUGGAAAUCAUGAAGUUAGAGAAAUUACUGGCACUUGUCCGAGAGCCUCAAACACAGAAACCCUGUACUAAUAUUGUGGAGCCAAAGGAAGGGUCUGAAAACAUUGAACCUUCUGUUCCUGAGUGA